CCCUAAAUCUUCUAGAGAGCAUGUUUUGGCAUGAAAAUCGAAGAAAUUUAUUUAAAAACGUUAGAUUUAACAGUUUUGGUGGUCAAGUCUAUAUUUUUUUUUAUCUUUUAUGUUUGGUAAUUUAAAAUAUUUUUUGUUUUUUGGGUGAUAUUUUCAAAAAGUGAGUUAUUAAUGGGUAAUGAAAUACAAAAUUUCCUUAAAGACUUAAAAUAACACAUCAACAAAAUGAGGAUAAAAUACCCAAUGUGAAUAAAUUGAUACAAAUUCUACAAAUUCAAGUCCAAUGACCCAAAAACUAGCCCAACCCAACAACCAUUAUUCCCGCCAAAACAAACAUCAAACCCUCGCAAUUUUCCCGCCACAACAAUUCCAAUUAUAUAAAGUAUAAACUACCCACCUCUUUUUCCCGCCAUUGUCAAAUCUCCCACAAUUUUCUCUCUCCUCACUCUUUCUCUCUCUUCAAGUCCGCCAUGGAAGCUCGUACUCAAAGCUCGAGAAAGCGAAAGCAAUCAUCCUUUUCUUCAUCAUCUGCAGCAGCAAAUUCAAAUCCAUUUUCUGGGAUUUUAACCCGCCAUAAAUCCCAGAAGUUUUUCUUCCAUCAUAAUAGAUCUGGGAAAUCUCGCAGAAGUCGCUCGUUUCCUUCUUCUCUUACCAAUCCUAAAUUGCCCAAUAAUCAAAGAUUGCUUGAUUGUAAUGUUCGUGAUGUUGGCGUUGAAGAAGAUGAUUCGAUUUGCCAGAUUUCGAUUAAAGAUCUUCGAGCUCGGCGGGUUUUCUCAAAGCCUGUUGGAGUGGAUUCUGUGGGUAAGAUUCGCGAUGAUAAAACUGGUAAGAGUGUAAACCCUAAUUUUGAUUCUGAGUUAAAUGCUGGUAAAUCGGAUGGAAAUGGCAAAAACCCUAGUUUAUUGGUAAUGGGGAAAUGUGAUUCAGGGGUUGAGUUUAAGGGGGAAGGUUUGAAUGGUGAAAACCCUAAUUUGGUAAUGUUGAAUAAUUACGAUAAUUCUGGGGCUGAAUUGAAGGUAAAUUCAAAUGGUGGAAACCCUAAUUUGUCAAUGCUGGACAAGUGUGUUGAAUCAAACGGUGAGAAUUUGAAUGGAGGAAACCCUAAUUUGUCAAUGCUGGACAAGUGUGUUGAAUCAAACGGUGAGAAUUUGAAUGGAGGAAACCCUAAUUUGUCAAUUGAAGGAAUUGGCGCCAAAAAUGAUUGCGUAGCUCGGGUUUCAAAUGAUAUGAGCCCUAAUUUGAGUAAAAAAGAUUUGAACGGUGAACAUUGUGAGGAAGGUGUGCAGACAACACCUCCAGAUGCUGCGGUUUUGAUCAGGCAGAGUGAAGAUCAAAGUGUCCUGAGGAGCAGAAGUUCUGAUUCGAGGUCGCCGCCGAAGAAAAUCAGUCCAAGUAAAGGUGGAUUUGCUGAGGGGAAGAGGAGUUUUCCUAAUUCCAAGAGAAAUUUGGGUCUCACUCCGUGCUCGAGGCUGAAGGUUUUUAAGGCCCCGAAUUCGUUCAGCUACAAGAGACUGCUCCCUUUCCUAAUGGACUUGUCAAAGGAUACACCAAAUGCACCAAAAGUUAAUCCAAGCAUUAAAGUUGAGAAGGUGGAAGAUAAGCCUCUAAUUUUCUCCUCUCAAGAAAAUGUCAUUGAUUGUCCAAAAUUGGAUGAAAAGCCAGUGGCAGCUGCAGUAUGUUGCGAAUCACCGGAAAUGAAUGUUGAUGGUAAAGAAGAGGUUCUUUUGGACCUUAAGACUAAUGUUUCUGAUCCUCAGCAAGCUGCUCCAUGUACCCCUGACAGUUGUUCUAUUGAAAAGGUUCAAGAAACCCCAGUUUUCGAUAAAAUCCAAAUCGAAAACCCUGUAUCAGACGAUCCCAAGAAUGGUGGAGCAUCUUUUGAUAGCCAGGUUUCAAAUAUGGGGAAGUCUGGAGAUAUUAGUCCAAUCGUCGAAUCUGAUCUUGCUGUCACAUUGCAUAGCCCCAAGAGAAGUGCUGAACCUUUAGGGGAAGAAGCUGUUUUAAAUACUCCAUCUCAUUUGUCUCUGUCUUCUGAACAAGAAUGCAGGACAGUACAUACAGAGUCAAAUUCUGUAGGAAAUCCAGUUAAUGUCCUUAACAACUCUUCCACCCUGGAAGCUGUUGUUUCUCCAAGUGUUCCUAGUUCCGGCCAAGCAAAUGGUAUCCUAAAGAGAAAUCCCCGGGGUUGUCGGGGUAUAUGCAAUUGCUUGAACUGUGCUUCAUUCCGUCUCAAUGCAGAAAAGGCAUUUGAGUUUUCAAGGAAUCAGUGGCUUGAUGCCGAAGAACUUGCUAUGGACUUGAUGAAGGAGCUGUCAAACCUGCGGAGUAUUUUAGAAAAAUCUGUCAAUGGAUCUGAUGCUAAUGCUGUUGUCCCAGUUGAUCAGGUUCAGGAAGCUUGCAGGAGAGCUUCCCAUGCAGAAGAUACAGCAAGAAGUCGAAUUGAUCAAAUGAGUGAAGAUCUCCACGUUCAUUGCAGAACCAAGCCUUUGCAGCGUCCUGGGGUAAAUUUCUCAAGCUCUGUCCAAGAAAAGAAAGAUCAUAGGAGCCUAGGAGGAAGAACUUUUGCUAGAUGUCGAAAAGUCUCAAUGAGGAUCUUGGACUAAUGAUUGGAAGACUUCUCUCAGUUAUGGAAAUUGAUUAUACCGUGGUAUUGUUCUAGAGUUGAAAUGUACUUGUCAUUCAUGAUUGUAGCUUCUUGAAAAAAGGGGUGAAGGAAAGAAUCUCAUUGACUGACUCAUGUAGUCAUGUUUGUCGAAAUACAAUGGCUAAGGGAUCACCUAAUGACAGUUACUACUAAAACUCACA